AUUCCUUCGCCUCGCGUUCUGUGAUCACGCCUGUCCGCAGGAGCUCCUCUAUCGCUGUCGGGCUCCGGCGGCGCGGCAUAUCAUCGCGAGACGCAGCGUCAAUAUUGGCAAAGGAAAAACGGAGAAAAGCAGAACCCCCGGUGGCUAUUUCUGUGUUGCCUCUUGCCACUCUUCUACUUUUUUGAGGUCUUUUGUUUUUGCGGCUAGCUCUAUACUGUCCCUGAUGCCGUCUUUUACUUUUUUGGGAUCUUUUUGUUUGGGGGUUCUGCACGAGACUAGAAAGUGUGGACACACACGACUACGGCUCACCACCUCGAUCUUCAAAGACAGUAGCGCGUGCUCCAAACCGCUGAUCCCGAGCGUCCUUGUCGGGGCCGCGCGGACUAUGACGACCAGCUAUGGCUGGAGGACGGCAAGGGUGGAUGUGCGUCGGGUGGUCACGCCUCUUUGUUUCGCUGCUGCCUCCUUCCUCGGAACUGUUGCUGUAUUUUACUGUCUUCUGGACAGCUGA